GCUAGAUCCCACUCAGAAGAAAAAAAAAAAAAACAAAGGGGAAGUUUGAUCAGUUCUGUAAAAACUGGUUCGAUCAAGCUAUCUUUGUUAAUCGGAUCCAUAUCGACCCGACCCGAGAUUGUCUUCUGCUCAAAUUGCUCUGGUCAAGCAGUCAUGGGCCGUUGGAGCGGAAUAUUAAAGGUUCCUUUGUUUCCUGGUAGCAGAAGUCAUUACAAAGUUGCAACGUCUCUUUGUAUAUUGACUUCUUCGCAAAAGCCAGUUGUACCUUCUAUGAACGCUAUUUUCUUCAACGGUGACAGAGUCAGAGGAACAGGGAAUCCAGUGAUCGAAAAGCUAUCAGAUCUUGAAGCGAUUGCCGAAAUUAUCGUUUCAAAACUCGGUGAAGACUGUAACGUUUGGGUUAUCGAAGCUUCUAAGUUUAAUGGACCAUUUGCCGUUUAUAAGGACUUCAUCCCGUCAGUAAACAAGUGGGGCGAACCCAGCUCAUACGAUCCAACCGGAGAUCCGGCUUGUACGUCCACUGUUUCACUGUUGUCGAGCUGUCUCAAAGAGGUUAAUAAUACCCUUUCGAGUAGAAACGAGGAAUCAUGUGGCGGUGAAGCCCUCGGGUCAUGUUUAUCUCACCCGAAAACAUUACUCUUCGGAUUCAGCAAGGGCGGAACCGUAAUUAACCAGCUAGUCACCGAGCUCGCCUUCUCUGACGUAAAGUCAAACACACUUUCCUCCCAACACGAGACCAACAUCAUCAUACCGACUUCAAAAGAAAGUCUUUUAAACAGCAUAACCGAAAUCCAUUAUGUGGAUGUUGGGUUAAACUCUAGUGGAGCAUACAUUACCGACCAAGAUGUUAUCGAAAGAGUCUCUAAACGUAUUUCAGAACGAGCGUUGGGGAUUCGUUUCGUGCUUCAUGGCACACCGAGACAGUGGCGGGAUAGUAUGCGGGUUUGGAUCGGGAAGGAAAAGGACACGAUGGUCAAUCUGCUUGAUGUCGAAUCGCGAAAGAGUGGUGGGAAGUUGAGUUUUUGUGAAAGGUUUUAUUUUGGUGAUAAGAUGGCUAAUAUGCAGAUGCACUUUGAAGUUAUUGAGAAAAUGGAUGUUAGUUGAGUGAUCUGAUCUUGGUUAAAUGAUACAUUGAUCACUUUGUUAGUGCAUUAGAUUAGUUAGUUAAUGUUAGUUAGUGUCGCACUCACGGUUUUCGAGGCGUGAAUUAUGUUGGAUUUACAUAAUGUUUACUGAGAAUAAAAACUAUGUUGAGAAGUAAAAAAAUUAACUUUUUUUUUUU